AUGGGUGUAGUUCUCCCACAGCCACAAAAGCCUGUGAGAGGAUGGUUAUGGGAGAGGGCUGACAAAAGGGGGAGGAAAAUUAGGCUGGCCAGCAUUCUUCUCAUUUAAAGCUGUAACUACACAAAAAAGCACUCACGCAGUCUGGGCUGGGUCUGCUUGCUGCUUCCAAGGAGGGGUACUCUUGUAUUCAUGGUGGUGCAGUGAUAACCUGAGCAUUUUUUUUUUCUUUUCAUCCUUUUUCCCCUUGCUUUGCGCACAAGGAAGGCUCAUGUCUUUCUUAUAGACAUGAUGAGCUUUGUGCAUUUAAGGACUUUCCUUUUUCUGGUAGUCUCCGUAGCUCAGGUUUUGAUUGUUACAUGUCAAGACGGGAACAGUGGAGAUGACAUGAGCUGCACGGCGGACGGCCAGGUGUACGCCAACAGGGACAUCUGGAAGCCAGAGCCAUGCCGGAUCUGUGUUUGUGACAACGGUCAGGUCCUCUGCGAUGAAAUCCAGUGCGAUGAGCUGGCUAACUGUGAGAAGAUGGUCAUCCCUGAGGGCGAGUGCUGCCCUGUUUGUCAGACUGAUUCAUCCAGCAGCGGCGGGCAGGACACUUUCGGUGGGGGCAGGGUCUAUAAGGGUCCGAAGGGAGAACCCGGGGAUGUCCCACUUGUGACUGGUAUCAGAGGCCGCCCUGGACCUAUGGGACCUCCCGGCUCUCCAGGAGAAAGAGGACCUCGUGGAAACAAAGGAAGGCCUGGACUGCGGGGCUUGCCGGGUUAUGAUGGAGAGCCUGGUGUACCAGGUCAGCCUGGUGAACCAGGACCUCCAGGACAUCCAACGCACCCAGGAGGCCUGGGAUCCCAGAUGGCUGGGGUGUUGGAUGGAAAGACAGGACCUCAAGGCAUGUUAAGUGGCUCAAGGGGAGAGGCUGGAGCAAGAGGACCUCCUGGGCCAAAUGGCUCACCUGGUCAAGCUGGACCACAAGGACCUCCUGGAGAUGUCGGCGAUCCAGGGCAUAUGGGUCCACCUGGGCAAAGGGGACCCGAGGGUCCUCCGGGGAAACCAGGUGAAGAUGGAGAACCAGGCAAGCCAGGAAAUAGUGGAGAAGUUGGAUUCCCUGGAUCAGCAGGACCCAGAGGAUUUCCAGGUACACCCGGGCCUCCUGGACUGAAGGGUCACAGGGGUCAUGCUGGAAUACUUGGCCAAAAAGGUGAAACUGGAGCUGUUGGAUCCAAGGGUGCUACAGGGCCCCCUGGACCAAUGGGAGCACCUGGACCCAUGGGUCCUGCUGGGAUGACAGGGGAGAGGGGACGCUCUGGACCCAGCGGUAUACCAGGUAAGCGUGGGUCACCUGGUAACAUCGGAAAACCUGGUCCAAUGGGUCCCUUGGGUCUCAGUGGCCCACCUGGCUAUCCAGGAACCCCAGGAAUGAAGGGACAACCUGGUCCCACAGGAGUCCGGGGGCCAGAGGGCCCACAGGGACAGAGAGGAGAGACCGGUCACCUGGGCAGAGCUGGACCAGUUGGCCUCAGGGGACCCAUGGGUACAGACGGUGGCCCGGGUGCCAAAGGACCAGUGGGUAAUCUUGGUCCACAAGGUCCAGGCGGCCAUCUUGGACCUGCUGGACCACCAGGACCUCAGGGAAGCACUGGUCAGCCUGGUAUCAAAGGACAACUGGGAGAUGUUGGUGUACCAGGAUUUAAAGGAGAUGCUGGACCCAAAGGAGAACCUGGUCCGCCAGGCUCCCAGGGAGUGAUUGGACCUCAGGGUGAAGAAGGAAAGCGAGGACAACGUGGAGACCCCGGCUCUGUUGGCCCUCCCGGACCCGUCGGAGAGAGAGGGGCUCCUGGUAACAGAGGAUUCCCUGGUGCUGAUGGGUUGCCAGGACCUAAGGGUGCUCAAGGAGAUCGUGGAACAUCCGGUCCACCAGGGCCAAAAGGUUCUCUGGGAGACCCUGGGCGUACAGGAGAACCUGGUCUACCAGGUGCAAGGGGUCUUACUGGUACCCCUGGAGUCCAGGGAGCAGAGGGCAAGCCAGGACCAUUGGGUGCCCCAGGUGAAGAUGGUCGUCCAGGCCCUGCAGGGUCCAUUGGAAACAGAGGGCCCGCAGGGACCAUGGGAGUGCCAGGCCCCAAGGGCUUCAAUGGUGACCCAGGAAAGACAGGUGAACAAGGAUCUCCAGGAGUGGCGGGUCAAAGAGGUCCUCCUGGGAAAGAUGGAGAAGUUGGCCCUGCUGGCUCCCCUGGCCCACUUGGUGUCGCAGGAGACAGAGGAGAGCAGGGACCUCCAGGUGUAAAUGGAUUCCAGGGUUUACCUGGAAAUCAAGGUCCUCCUGGAGAACCUGGAAAACCUGGUGACCAAGGUAUUCCUGGAGAGCUUGGUGCUGUGGGCCAAAUUGGCCCAAGGGGAGAGCGUGGAAUUCCUGGAGAGAGAGGAGAGCUGGGUCCAAAUGGUCUGCAGGGACCUAAGGGUAUCCCUGGUGCACCUGGUCCAGAUGGGCCAAAGGGUAGCCCUGGUCCCACUGGUGCACUUGGUGACGUGGGUCCUCCAGGUCUUCAGGGAAUGCCAGGAGAGAGGGGCAUCUCUGGCCCUCCUGGGCCUAAAGGUGACAGAGGAGCAAUUGGUGAGAAAGGAUCAGAAGGUACAGCUGGAAAUGAUGGUGCAAGAGGAGCUCCAGGUCCUGUUGGCCCGCUAGGAUCUGCUGGACCCAGUGGUGAGAAGGGAGAACCUGGACCCAAAGGACCACAUGGACCCCCAGGAUCCAGAGGAAUGCCAGGAUCAAGAGGUGACCCUGGCCCAAUCGGUGCUGUUGGAUUUGCUGGACCUCCUGGUCCUGAUGGCCAACCCGGAGUCAAGGGAGAGCCUGGAGAACCAGGCCAGAAAGGAGAUGCUGGAUCACCAGGACCUCAAGGCUUGGCUGGUGCUCAUGGACCUCCUGGGCCAGUUGGUGUUGCUGGACUGAAAGGCGGAAGAGGAACACAGGGUGCACCAGGCCCCACUGGUUUCCCUGGAUCUGCAGGAAGAGUUGGCCCACCAGGCCCAACUGGUCCAGUUGGAGAACCUGGACCUCUUGGACCUCCUGGGAAAGAGGGUCCUGCUGGUCUUCGUGGAGACCAUGGACCCCCUGGAAGACAAGGAGAGCGAGGACCAGCAGGACCACCUGGCAGCCCAGGAGACAAAGGGGACUCUGGAGAAGAUGGACCCACGGGUCCUGAUGGUCCUCCAGGUCCAGCUGGAACUACAGGACAGAGAGGCAUUGUGGGCCUACCUGGUCAGAGAGGAGAGCGCGGGAUGCCAGGCCUUCCAGGACCUGGGGGUCCACCAGGAAAACAGGGAUCCACAGGAACACCUGGAGAUAAAGGCCCUCCAGGUCCAGUUGGUUCUCCUGGUGCCAACGGACCUCGUGGUGAUCCUGGUCCUGAUGGCCCUGCAGGAUCUGAUGGACCACCAGGCAAAGAUGGUGUUCUUGGACAAAGGGGAGACAGAGGAGAUGCUGGUCCAGAAGGUUUGGUUGGUCCUCAGGGACUUCCUGGCUCUCCAGGUCCUGUUGGUGCACCCGGUGAUGCUGGAAGGAGAGGAGAAGCUGGCUCAAGAGGACCUGUUGGUCCACCUGGCUCGGCUGGAAAGAGAGGAUUAGUGGGACCCCAAGGACCAAGAGGAGAUAAGGGUGACCUUGGUGAUCAUGGAGAGAGAGGGCAGAAGGGACAUCGAGGCUUCACUGGUUUGCAGGGUCUUCCUGGACCUCCAGGUACAACUGGUGAGCAGGGAGCUCCGGGAAUCGUUGGACCAAGUGGGGCGAGGGGGCCUCCUGGACCUAUUGGGCCUCCUGGAAAGGAAGGAUACAUUGGACAGCCAGGACCGAUGGGACCUCCUGGAACUCGUGGAGUCAGUGGAGAAAUUGGACCAGAGGGUCCUCCAGGAGAGCCUGGACCCGCAGGCCCCCCUGGUCCUCCGGGACCUCCCAUGGCUGCUAUGGAUGACCUCUUUGGCGGCCCUCAGGAUUACGACGACGGCCCUCCCCCUCCUCCUGAGUUCAGCGAGGACGAGGCUGUGCCCAACAGCAACUCCUCCACUAUAGUGCCCGUGGACCCCGGUGUUCAGGCCACCCUGAAGGCCCUCAGCAGCCAGAUCAACAGCAUGAAGAGCCCUGACGGCAGCAGGAAACAUCCUGCCAGGACCUGUGACGACCUGAAGAGAUGCUACCCCAUGAAGAAGAGUGGUGAGUACUGGGUGGAUCCAAACCAAGGCAGUGUGGAGGACGCCAUCAAAGUGCACUGCAACAUGGACACCGGAGAGACCUGCAUCUCUGCCAACCCGACCAGCAUACCUCGUAAAGUGUGGUGGAGCUCUUCCAGGAACAAACCUGUGUGGUUCGGAGCUGACAUCAACAGUGGAACACAUUUCGCUUAUGGCAACAAAGAUCAGUCGGCAAACUCCGUCACAGUUCAGAUGACUUUCAUCCGCCUGCUCUCCAAAGAGGCAUCCCAGACCAUCACCUACCACUGCAAGAACUCUGUGGGCUAUAAGGACGAGAAGACGGGCAACUAUAAGAAAGCUGUAAUCCUCAAGGGCUCCAACGAUCUGGAGCUCAAAGCAGAGGGAAACAACCGGUUCAGAUACACAGUGGUGGAGGACUCCUGCUCACAAGCAAAUGGCAACUGGGGCAAGACAGUGUUUGAGUACAGGACACAGAAAACAGCAAGACUUCCUAUUGUGGAUAUUGCCCCUGUGGACAUUGGUGGCCCAAAUCAAGAGUUCGGUGUCGAUAUCGGGGCUGUGUGCUUCUUGUAAAAUCAUCAGCAGGGAUGCGUCGAGGAGAAUCCUGAGACUAUUGAACUGACAGCUGACGACGAUCAGCCGUGUUGUACAUACGAGUACUGAGGACUAUUCUGGCCCUGUGGCAAGAUAUUUAUUGUGCCUUUCAACCCAGUUCAAGACAUCGAAGAUUUGUAAGUUAGAAUGAAUGUUUGGAAUUUACUUAAAAUUGGUAAAAAUCAGAAUCAUUCCUCUGUCUUCUUGUACAUGUUUGACUUCAAGCUUCAAGAGGCUCGCUAUGGUGUAGUUUGUCCAAAGAUCUUACCCUUUAAUUUUAUUUCACAAAACAACAUUGCCAAAGAUGAAUGAAUAUGAAAGCUUUAAAAUGGUAACUAUAACUGCUGUUUAUAGGCCCAGAAAGAUCCAGCUGAAGUUACGUCAAAUGUUGUCCCUCCACUACUAUUUUUUACAGAUUUGUCUAAUAAUUUUUUGUUUUAAAUGUCUGAAUAUAAAACAACAUUGUGGUGCUAUUGAGGAAACAAAUACAGCCGAUGGUGCGUUCACCGGUGCAGGUAUUUUCUCAAGACAGUUUCGAUGAACCAAUGUCUGUAUCCAGUUAUUUUAAACUUUGUACCGACCAUGCAGAACAUUAAAGACACAUUAAGACUGUCGAUUCCUCAGUGUUAGCUACCUCGUCACCGAAACUGAGAAACAAUGACACUACAUGUAAAUUUUUUUUUACAGGUGCUGUUUGUAAGUAGUGUGAUCCUUGUGCACUUCUCCAGGCUGCGCGGUACAGGGCAGGGUUUGGGGAUACCAAUAAAGAUCUUUCUGUCAACGAUGGAGAGAUGAAUGGUGUGUUGCAUGAGUGGUGUGUGGUGAUUUGUAACAUUUUUUCCCCCUUCAAUUUCAAUAUCAUACAGUAAAAGGUAGCACAGAAUAUUCUAUUUUUAUGCAUGUCAGUUCCCCCUUUUCAGUUUCUUGGACUUAUAUGCUCUUGAAAUCCUUUUUAUAAUCAGUUUUAUAGAAUAAGGUGGCUGUGAGUGCCUGUUUGCUUUGUAUUUCUUGCUAUGCAACAAAUUAAAUGCUUGUUAAUCCCCCCAAGCUCUUGUCAUAUUAAUUCAGGUGUAGUUAGGUCCUUUACGCUUGUCAUUUUGCACACAAACUCAUUUUUAGACCUAUUUUGUAGUUUAAAAAAACAUUUAUGUAUUUAACAUUCACAGUUGUUUCAAAUGUAAGCUGUUUGUUUUAAAUUUUCAUGAAUGUGCCUUCAAGUAAUUCUAUUGUGACCAUUUGGUUCAUAUUUGAGUAUAUUUAUUAUAGAUUUGUAACAUUUGCAGGGCUUGACUGCCUGCUAACACCCCAAAGGCAGAGAGGAGGAGGAGGAGGAGGAAUGAGCUUUCCACACUGGAAGCAGAUGCGUUUCAUCCUUUGAAAAUAAAUAUUGAAAAUACUU